CUCUACUCCACCUAAAUGCGACACGAGCACAAACAUCACAAAGGAAGAAACCCGAAGGUACCGUCAGUGUUUAUACAUUGAUACAAGCUUUAAUUCAUGGACAUUUUGACAGUCGUUUGACUUCGUUGGCUACCUUUUAACGCAUUAUGGAGUCAUUGGCUAGUGAGGAUGCAGGCGAAACAGAACCGAUCAGCACUCAGAGUCUGUACGCCACGCUCGGCCUCUCACCGGAAGAUGUGGACGCCCUCGCCAAGAUUCCAGAAAGUGAGAUCAGCGUGGAGACUCUUCCUUAUCUAAUUAUGGAGCUCAAGGGAAAGCGGGCCAAUAAGACAGCGGCAACCACAGAUACUGAACAUAGACACAAGCCCAGAACUUCACAGGAGAAGCAGGACACACCUGAGAAGCGAAAAAGCCCCCUGUCAUCCAGCUCAAGACGCCCUGGCAGCCACGAUCAUGAGCAUCACGGGAAAGAGGAGGGCCAUCGGUCCACCGGAGGAAGAAGAGACUCGAGACACAGGUCUUCCCGUGAAAAACAAAGUGGGGAUGAUGUUGCUGUGGAGACGGAGGUGGUCGACCCCACAGUUUUCCCACAUGAGUGCUCCCAGUGCAAGUGUGUGCUGAAUUCAAUAAAGACAUGGAAAGAACAUCUUUUGGGUUACCGUCACAAAUCGCGUGAUUCGAAGUCGUCUUGGCGAAGUUCGCGUUCUUCCCUGCCUCAUAAAAGACCAUACAGCUCUAACCCCAUACCAGGUGACACCUCGAUGUCCACUACAAUAGACCAUCCAUACCCUCCGAAGCCCAGCACCAAAGUGGUAGUCGCCAAGUUUCAUAUGGGCGCUGUGUCCCUGGAGGAACUUUUAGAGCUCAGCAAGCCGUUUGGCACAGUAGUAAAACACUUGGUGUUCCCUGCAAAGGGAUUUUUGGAGUUUGCUUCUCAGAAGGAGGCUCAAAACAUGGUCAGACACUAUCAAAUGAAACCUGCCUUUGUCAAGGAGAAUCGAGUCACCCUGUACUUAUCACCUACAGUGGAUGGCAUCCAUUCGCCACCCUGGUUUGAAGAGCCUUCGCAAAAACGAGCCAAACAUUCGACCGUGCCUUCAGUAGUUUGCUUCUCACGUUUGCCUUCUGGAGAUGUUGAGGCCGAGGUCUUGAAGCUCGCAGACAUGUUCGGCGAAGUGCGGCAGUCGAAAUUCACAGACUGUAAGGCCUUGAUUGAGAUGGUAAACUGGCGAGAUGCAGAUAUCAUGGUGAAGUAUUACCACAGCAACCCUCUGAGGAUUCAAGGCAGGACCGUCAAGGUUUACAUGGCCCACGUGACAAGCCUGCGAGAGGACAGCCCAGAGCAUCCAUCCAGGAAAGGUGACACCAGCAGUAAACCGAGAGACGAAUCGUCCAUCAACAAGGAGAAAACCAACAGCUCCAACCAGGACAACAUGGACCCCCCUGAGAAACAUGAAGAGGAGGAUGAAGAGGGGAUUCAGAUGGAAGAUGAACCUGGGCUUCUUGAUGAUGCAACAGAUGACAUCAUGACACAAGCAGAGGAGGAGGAGACUAAGAUGGGGGAGGAGGAGCCUGCUGCUGCUCAGGAAGACCGAGAGGAUUACAGAGAAAGAGCUUUAGAUGAUCAUCCAGAUGAUCGACAGGAUGAUUGGCAGGAAGAUGCAGAAUUUCCUGAAAACAUUGAAGAUUUUGUAACAUUAGAUGAGCUGGACAGCACAACGGGUGAAACGGCUUUAGAUAAAUUUCAUCCACAGGAAGGUAAAGUGGUGGUGGUGUGGCCUGUCCGAAAAAAACAUAACUUGUUGAAGGAUCUCUCCAGUUUAUGUGCACCCUUUGGCACCAUAGUGAAACACACUGUAUCAGUAUACAGACAGGAGGCUGUAAUUGAACUUGAAACGGAUGAGAAAGCUCAAGAAAUGGUGCAAUUCUACAGAAAACGCAAAGCAAAGUUGUGUGGGAGACCUGUGUCUGUUUAUAUGUCUUUCACCAUGAAGACGAUAGAGAGCCCUAGCGGGAGAUCUGUUUUCAUCAGCUUUCUUCCUACCAAGAGAGAGACGCGGCUGAGAUAUACACACAAGUUUCUCUUUAAACUGGCAGAGCCCUUUGGAAAACUUACAGGCUUCUUUCUAAACAAGAAACUGGGAACGAGUUACUUGCAGUUUGAAAUGGCAGAGGCAGCUGAAAAGAUGGUUGCGCAUUACGCCUGCAGACCAUGCAGAUUUUUGGGUUCGGUGCUGAAGAUUAGUAUGUGCAGGAAAGGAGACUCUCUGAUUCGAUGGAGACAACUUGAUCCAGAAUAUGAGAAGAAAGAAUUUAAAACGGACUCAAAGGAACCUGAACAAAGCACAGACAAGACAGAAAAAGACCAGAAUGAUCACAGCUCUGUACCAGAUUGUGAAGGGGUGUGUGGAGAUCCUGUGUGUGAAGAUAAAGGUUCAGAAGAUACUGAUCAGCAAGACAAAACCCCUCUGGGUCCUUACCAACCUGAUCAUUGUGUGGGUGUGAACUAUGUCAUCCCAGUUGCGGGUUUCUUCUGCAAGCUGUGUAAUGUAUUCUACAGUGAUGAGAAUAAAGCCAAAUCAGAGCACUGCAAAACCCUGGAGCAUUAUAACAACCUUAAGGUCAAAUGUGGUGAAGUGGUGGAGCAGACUGACAGUCCUCCGGAGGACUGAGUAACAGAAGCAAGACAUUGUACUUUGAUUUGUCAUUUGUUUUUUUUUAUUUGGUUUUACUUCUGUAUGGUUACCAUUUAAAUGUUUGUUUAUGAAGCAUUUUGAUUGUGAAACAGAUCAUGAAGACAUGGUGAUGUUUGGAUGUGAAUCAGUGAAGAAGAUGAAACUGUACAAGUAUAUCUGAAUGAGUUUGUGACCGUAAGCUCUUGAAAUAAACUUGAGUUUGUAAAAAAAUUGUAAAAAUAGUAUUUGUGAUGUCAGGUAUGUUUGUUUACUCUCAUCCGUGUAUCACAGUAUGCAUGUUUUUUAUCACCUUAAUAUGGACAGAUUACCAUAUCAAGUAAUGCAAGACUCUUAAUCAGGGUCUGUGAAGUCACAGCUGUGUCGGUGUGACAUCAUAACAUUUCCUACCAUUUUUUUGCUUACAUCAAAUUUAAAUUGACCACAUUUUUAUGUUUCUGGCCUACUUUGAAAGUCAUUGAGAUUUUAUUUUUUAUUCUUUGCCUUGAAGUUCAAGGCGGCUGUAAAGGGUCAGAAAUAACGGUAGCACUUUAUAAUGAGGUUGAAUUUUUAACAGUAGUAAAUGCAUUAGCUAACAUGAAAUAUACUUUUUUUUUUU